CUGAAACAGUACAACACUUUCAUUUGUCUGUCAGGGUAAAUGUACAAAAACAAUAACAAACCUUCUCAGCGCCACUUUUGCACUGUUACAAACAGUCUGAAUAUUAUUUAUGUUAUAAUGGUUUAUUCCAGUCAGUUUUUAAUUUUAAUGUUCGCGUUAUAUUUUCUUAUGGUUUAAUAACAAACUGUAUGACUGAACUCCAACUGAAGAAUUGACAUAAACCUUAUCUUUACCUUAACGAAGGAAGACGUUCUGCUGAAACAGAAAUCGCUGCUGAAACAGGAAGAGUUGUCACGUUGUAACUGUUACUUUUCUCUGCGCCGUCAGGAAGAACCAAUCGCAGUCGUUUGUGAUGACCGGAUUUAAUUAUUAUUAUUAUUAUUAUUAUUAUAAUUUUUUUAUAGCAAACGCUGGGGCAGAUUUCCAUUUAUAUGCCAAAUCCCAAUCCUUUUUAUUAAUGUAUUAAAAUGUUUACAUUUUUUAAAUCGAUUGUCUACGCAAAAAACAUCCUGGGACUGGAAUGGCGCUUAGUUAUUCUGAGCCCCAGUGCGCCUCCUAAAGGAACACAUUUUUAAUUAUUUACAAUCGUAUCUGAUCUGAACACCGUCGUUGUGAAAGCAUGCUAAGACUUUUGCAAGUCAAAAUUCGGUACAACACCAGAACACCGUCGAACCUACCUGUUUGAAUGGCCGACUUUUGAAUAUUAAUUAGGAUACAGAACCAUUAAUGUAAUAGGUUGAAUUAAUAUUCAUGAGUAGGCUAAACUUAAAACAUGAAAAACACAAAGCAAUACACAAAAUAAAAUAGCCUGUGCACCAACCAACAUACAGAUAUUAUUUUAUAUUAUUUUUAUACUAAAGAAAAAAUGUUGAAACGUUAUGGAGUGCCUAAAAUCCAAAAGGUCCCUAGUAAAAAUCGUUUCUGUGCAUUUCUAUGAGGUUAUGACAUAUUUAACCAUGUCAUAUGGCAGCUGAAACCACUGUAUUGUGCAGUUAAUUCAACGAAGGUUUAAUAUGGAGUUGGCCCACCCUUUGCAGCUAUACAAACUUUUCUGGAAAGGCUUUCCACAAGGAGGGAUGUGGAUGUCAGCAACUUGUGGUUAUUGCCCUGUGCACCUUGCUGAAGGUGGAGUAGAGUUUCACUGGAGACAGAGACUGAGGCUCAGAGAGAGAGAUGGGAGGUGAGACAGGGGAUGGCCAGCCUAUCACAUCCUUCAACUUCUGCUUUCUCCCGCUCAGCGUCCUACGCCGUGCCACUCGGAUCUCCCUCUUCAACAAAUGUGCAUUCAUGUGUCCACAGACGGCUGGGAGCGUUUGCUGAAGAUCAUCAGAACCAGGGCUGAGAUGUGGGUACGCAUAAUUCUGACCUUCAUUUACUCUACACUUCUUCUGUCAGGAGUCAGGGCCAGUAAAUGGCUGGUGUAUUUCUCCAGGACGGACAUCUGCGUUUGGGCUGGGACCACGGUAACACUGCCGUGUCGCUACGAUUACCCCUCGCCCUACAGCUCCACGCGGUUCAUGUGGUUCCACAUCUCUGUGGACGGGCGGCGGGAAAUCGCCUACCAUACUGACGGGAAUCUGUUGAGCCUCUCGUACAGGGACAGGGUCAAAUACAUGGGGGGCCACAAAAGAUGCAGUUUGCAGAUCUCAAACGUGAAGCUGAGCGACGCAGGAAUGUACCAUUUCAGAUUUGAGACCGAAAACCAACAGGAGCGAUGGACGUCUCCUGAUGCAAUCACACUCUCUGUCACAGAGCUUCAUGUUCACGUACAUCCACCGAGAAUUGGAAACAUGUUUGCUGCCGGCGAGACGGUCUUCCUGAGCUGUGUGGCACGAGGCUGUGCCGCAACUGGCAGGAACUUUGCACUUUAUCGGAAUGGGAUCAACUUGGGACAGUCCAGCAAGCUGUCAACCAUCUAUAACUUUGACAGCCAGCAUGCAGGUACCUACACCUGCCGCCCAAUACCCCCUCAAAAUGUUCAGUCACCGGGAGUCACCCUGGCUCUUGGAUAUGCUCCUCGCUACACCACGGUACAGAUCACCCCUCGAGAGGCAGUCAGAGAGGGCGAUUCGGUGACUUUGACCUGCAGUAGUGAUGGAGCUCCGCCAGCAGAAAGUUUUGCCUGGUUUAAGGAAGGAGAGAGUGGCAGCUUGCCAGACAGCUUUAAACCUGAGCUGAGAUUGUGGAGUUUGGACUACAGGGACCAUGGAGAGUACUUCUGUGUGGCCCGUAACCCGCUCGGCACAGACCGGUCUAGACUGCUUUUACUGAAUGUUACCUACUCCCCAAAGAACACAAGAAUCCUCAUCAGUCCUAAAGGAGACAUUAUGGAAGGGUUUGCUGUCAAUCUGACCUGCAGCAGCAACGCCAACCCUCCUGUGGAGAAAUACUUCUGGUACAAGGUGAACGGUGGCCAGCCCUGGACCAAAGGCACUGCGCAAAAUCUCACUUUCCCCAGCGUGCGUUCCCAUCAUGCCGGACAGUACUACUGCACCGCGUGGAACGUGUUAGGCAUGGAGACAUCAGCCACUAUUUCUCUUUCAGUGCUUUAUGCCCCCAAAAACACCUCUGUGUUGGCUCAGCCUUCCACUGUGAUCGAAGCGGGCAGCUCGUUGACGCUGACCUGCAGCAGUCAGGCCAAUCCGGCGGUGGAGAACUACACCUGGCACCGGAUCAAUACGGCUGACGCCUGGGAAACUCGAUCGGGUCCCAGCUACACCAUUGCUGAGGUCAGCGCUCGAGCCAGCGGCCAGUACUACUGCGAGGCCCGCAACCGCAUCGGAGCUCACAGCUCCCCGGUUCUGACGGUGAAAGUUCGAGGCCGACUGAAGGUGAUCGCAUUGGUGUCUGCAGUGGGCGUGUCUAUCGGACUGAUCUCAUUGACCGUGGUCGUCAUGAUCAGUAAAAACAUGCAUCGUGUCGACACUGAAAAUCUUGAGGAAGAAAAACAGUGUUCACCGGUAGUUGAUUUACCAAUGGACGAAACUCUGUUCAGUGAAUCAACUUCAGAGACUUUUCUCCUCAAGAGCACAAAAAUGUCAGACAUUCCGGAGGAGCCAGAGGAGAUGUAUGAAAGCAGCCACCCAUCCAUCGUACCGCUGAAAGAAGCUGCUCGGAGCGCUGAGGAAAAGGCAAAGAUCAACUACAUUACGGUGCAUUAUUCUCGCAUGCCCAGUCCGGACCAGGUGAAGGUCACAAACAUACCUCUACAUGGAGGGAAGAAGCUCAAAGAUGGAUCUAAUGUUGUUCUCACCAAGCAACCGAGAGAAGGGGCGGAAGAGUCUGCAAUCUAAAGCUGUCAACUGAUGAAACAUAACAACAAGUGAUAAAAGAAAUUGUAAAACCACACAGGGAUUUUUAUUAAAGGUGCCAUCGAAUUGAAUUUACCUCAGCAUAGUUGAAUAACAAGAGUUCAGUACAUGGAAAUGACAUACAGUGAGUCUCAAACACCAUUGUUUCCUCCUUAUAUAAAUCUCAU